AUGACAAGAGCUAAACGACAAUUGUUUGGUGGUGCUAUUCAAGCAUUUUUACCUGAUACAGCAGUUGAUGCAAGUGUAGUUCGACAUGUACCUGAUAACCAAGAAGUGUUUGUUCACACAUCAUCUGAUCAAAGUUUAAUAAUAGAAAUAUUGGAGCAAGCCAAUGUUGAUGAUUCAAACGCCAUUAAAUAUCACUUUGACGCAUUAGCUGAAGCAAACGAUGCCAGUAAUGCGAAUGAUCAUAUUACAGACAAAAUCGAACAAAUACCAAAUAAUUCUUUAACUGUACAAAGAGUAUCGACAGCUUACUAUCUAUUUGGUCGUCAAAAGAUAUCAAAAUAUAAUGAACAAGCCAAAAAUCUUGUUAGCCUUCAUUUAUGUUUACUACGCUUAAAUGAAUUGAAUACCGAUAUUCUAAUAUCAUUCAAUGAUCCACUUUUUGUCAAUGAAGAUAGUAGUAGUCAUGCAACGAUUGACUCAGCAUCAUCAAAUAAUCGUUGGACAUUUACAGAUUUUCAAAAUUUUUAUCAAUCAUUCGAAAUUGUUGAUUUUGGACUAUUUACACCACAACAACAAGAUAUUGAAAUGAACUAA